AUGUUUGGUGCCACCGCGCCGUCGACGGGCAUCGGUCCCCCUUCUGCCGGCUUCGGUAAGGCUCCAACAACGUUUGGCACCAGCGUCUUAUCCGGCAUGAACACGACCACCGCCGCUGGCGGUGGUCUCGGUGCUGCAACAGGCGCCUCGGCAACACCGGGCUUCGGCACCGCAUUCGCAGCCCCUACGACCAGCUCUGCACCAGCGGGAGGCGCAUCUGGCUUUGGCAGCAGCGCAGCAUCAGGGACCACCGGCUUCAGCGCUGGCGGCUUCGGAGUUGGCGGUGGUUUCGGAGCGAAGCCAGGGGGCGGUUUUGGCGCCAGUGCCCCCUCUGGCUUCGGCGCACCCACAACAGGGGCCACUGGCUUCGGUGCAGGGGCAACAGCACCGGCAGGGAUCGGCGGUUGGGGCAUGCAGCAGCCCAACCCCGUCAUGCAGCCGCAGGCACUGCAACAACAGCAGCCGACCGUGACGCUGCAGGAUUUCACGCGGCAGAGCGCCCUCGCCAGCUACCUCGUUAAGCUGGACGAGUCGUACAAUGCGCUGCACCCCAACUGCCGCUUUAGAGCCUUUGUUUACAACCGCUGCGGGGCGGGGCAGGUAAUGGACGCGAUUCAGAAGGAGCGCUACACAGCCUACCUCAACGGCGGCGGCUGCAGUGAGGAGGCCUACAUGCAGGCUCUCCACCAGAACCCCGACCCCGGCCACCUCUACCCAUCCCCCAUCCACUUCUCCCAGGAGCUCCUGCGGCGGACUGAGAAGCAGAGGGACGCUGUGAAGGUGCUGCAGAAGAAAGUGACAGAGCUGCUGCAGGAUAUCGACACAGUGGCAGCCAUGGACGCCGCGAACGUGCGGCGGCAGCGCGAGGUGGAGCAGGAGGAGGUGAUGCUGCAGCACCGAUGGUACUCGCUUCUGUGCAAGAUGGAGCUGCUUCGUCGCCACGGCACCUCGUGCGGCGAGGAGGGCCUGCUGAACAGCCGCGUCGAGCAGCUGCGCAAGCUCUUGGGAGCGCCUGGUCACUUCGGUCAGCUACUGAGUGAGCUGCGGCCGUUCCUAACAGAGGAGGCCUCGCGUGUGGCAAUGAUCACGCAGCAGUCGGCAAACAAGACGGAAGCGUGUCAGCAGCAGCAACAGCGCCGCCUCAUCGGUUCCGCGCCGGCAGCGUGGCGGAACACUGACGGCCAGCCACUCCUGCGCGCCGAGGUGGAUCCGUACAUCAUGAAGGACUGGAUCCAGUUCGCCAAGCAGAUGCAGGACGGGAUCGAGACACUGAAUGAGCUCCUCAAAACAGAUCUAAAGGAGAUGCAGGCGAUCCGCAGCCGUGUGGAGGCCUCGUAG